AUGAAACGCAGGGAGAUGUUCUUCAAGCGAAAUGGUGGAUUAUUAUUAGAGAAACAAUUGUCGUCAGGUGAAGUUAAUGUUGAGAAAAUCAAGCUAUUCAAAUCAAAGGAGUUGGAGAAGUCCACUGACAAUUUCAAUACUGAUAGAAUUCUUGGUCAGGGAGGCCAAGGUACUGUUUACAAAGGCAUGCUGACUGAUGGAAGAAUUGUUGCUGUGAAAAAAUCUAAAAUAGUGGACGAAAGCCAACUUUCAGAUUUCAUCAAUGAGGUUGUCAUUCUUUCACAAAUCAACCACAGAAAUGUCGUUCAACUAUUGGGUUGUUGUUUGGAGACGGAGGUUCCCAUUUUGGUUUAUGAAUUUAUACCUAAUGGAAACCUUUCCCAGUAUAUCCAUGAGCAGAAUGAGGAGUUCCCACUUACAUGGAAAGUUCGCUUACGAAUUGCCAUGGAAAUUGCAGGAGCUCUUUCGUACUUACAUGCUUCAGCUACCUUUCCCAUUUAUCACAGAGACAUCAAGUCUACCAACAUACUCUUGGAUGCAAAAUACAGAGCAAAACUUGCUGACUUCGGAACUUCAAGAUCAGUUGCCAUUGACCAAACUCACCUCACCACAUUUGUACACGGCACAUUUGGUUACUUGGACCCCGAAUACUUUCAAUCAAGCCAAUUUACGGAGAAAAGUGACGUGUAUAGCUUUGGAGUUGUCCUUGUUGAGCUCUUGACAGGGCAAAAACCAAUUUCUUUUAGAAGGUCACAAGAAGAAGGCAAAAGUCUUGCCACGUACUUCAUUACUUCGAUGCAUUUAGAUCGCCUGUUCGAAAUUCUUGAUGCUGAAGUUGUAAAAGGAGGGUCUAAAGCAGAUAUCAUAUUAGUUGCUAACCUUGCAAGAAGAUGUUUGAAUUUGAGUGGAAGAAAGCGCCCUACAAUGAGAGAGGUCACGGCAGAGCUGGAGGGGAUUCAAAUGUCAGAAAAAACUUCUAAUGGUGGACAAAACUAUGAAGAGGUUGAAUAUGUUAGGACUGACUCAAUUGAGCCUUGGGAUGUUGCUUCAAGUUCAACGGGAACAGGGCCAGGCUUGGAUGGUGGUCCUUCUUCAUCACAUGAAAUUCCGCUAUUACCUUACAAGUCAUGGUGA